AGCGCCCUGUACUGUAGAAGGGAAAGGCUCUUAUGCGGGGCAUUUCCUCCCCUGGGCCUGCCUCAUCGUGCCUGCUCCCUGCGUCUUCGCGGGCUUUUUGGGGCGAGAGACUCAAAGGGUUAAAGGAGCAGUAGCCUAGGGAGGGGAAGGGAGAUCCGUGACCCGAGAGAUCCACUUCCUUCCGUCCGCCAGAAGGGAUCUGGAUGAAGUUCAGAUGGACAACUGGACCUAAUUUUGCUAGUAGAUUAUUAUCUGCUUGUCUGGAGGCUCCAAUAAUGAGCAAUGUGUCAAAAAGGACUCUUUGGCCUUGUGAAACUGAGUAGUGCCCUCACGUCAUCUUCAUCCAGGGAAUGAAAAAGUGGGCCUGUUGGCCCUGUUGGGAACUUCAAUUGAACACAGACAAAAAAUGGAUGUGCAGCAAAGCUCAGCAGGUAAGGAACUGCGGAACAUAGCAGGGAAAGGCCCUGAAGUCAUGCAGGCUGCAUGCAGUGGAGAAUUCUGGGAAAGGGCAGUGCAGAAGAUGCUGGGGCAAGACAAGGCCAGUUUGGAUGUCCAGCACAACAGAUUCAGACAGUUCCUCUACCAGGAGGCUGAGGGACCCCGAGAGGUUUGCAGCCAACUUCACGAACUUUGCCGUCUGUGGCUGAAACCAGAAAAGCACACCAAAGCUCAGAUGCUGGACCUGGUGAUCCUGGAGCAGUUCCUGGCCAUCCUGCCCCCAGAGAUGGAGAGCUGGGUCAGAGAAUGCAGAGCGGAGACCAGUUCCCAGGCAGUGGCCCUGGCAGAAGGUUUCCUCCUGAGUCAGAUAGAAGACCAGGAAGAGGACAAGCAGAUUCAGGGGCCGUUCGCGAAGGAGGUUUCUGAUUCCUCUGCUUUGGAGAAAGAUGCAUCCACUCUGUGUCAGAAGCCACUCUUCGGAGGGAUCUCAUCUAAGGAUCAGACUCCAGACUCCUCACUGGGCAAUGGAAUGACACCUUUGCUACUCUCGACACACUCUACUCUUUGUCACGGAACAGAAACAGCUGCUGUACAGUUAGCUCAGGGUCCCGUGACUUUGGAGGAGGUGGCCGUGCAUUUCUCAGAGGAGGAGUGGGCUCUGCUGGAUCCUGCCCAAAAAGCCCUGCAUGGGGAUGUCAUGGAAGAGACGCGUGGGAAUGUGGCCUCUCUGGCAGGUGAUGAGUGGGAUUGUGAGAAAGAUGGACCACACAAAGUGGUAUUAAAAAGAAACUGGUUUCAAGAGACAAACGAGAGCUCCAGAAGUCAAAAGAGACCCAGAAAUCCAGGGGGGAACCAAUCAAAGAAGCGGAGGAAUAAAUCCAUUGUUUUCCAGCAUGGCGUCUUGCAUAAUGUUCCAAUUCAACCAGAAAAGCAAAAAGGCAAGGAGCAGAGUGUCUGCUCAGUGUGUGGGAAAAGCUUCAACCACAAAUGGGAGCUUAAUAUCCACUGGAGAAUCCACACAGGGGAGAAGCCUCAUAAAUGUCUGGAGUGUGGGAAGAGCUUUGCAAGGAGCUCGCAGCUCACCACUCAUCGAAGAACCCACACAGGAGAGAAACCCUUUAAAUGUCUGGAGUGUGGGAAGAGCUUCAAAGUGAGCUCCCAGCUUAGCUCGCACCAAAAAACCCACACGGGGGAGAAACCAUUUAAAUGUCCAGAGUGUGGAAAGGGCUUCACUAGGAACACGAACCUCACUUCUCAUCAAAGGACACACACGGGAGAGAAACCGUACACGUGUUCAAAAUGCAGCAGGAGCUUUUGUGACAAAUCUGCCUUUAAUGCACAUCAGAGAAUUCACUUAAGGGAUAAACCACACAAAUGUUUGACGUGUGGCCUGACCUUCAUUCGGCCUUCACAGCUUACUGCCCAUGCAAGAAUCCACACUGGGGAGAAGCCAUAUCAGUGUCUGGUGUGUGGAAAGAGGUUCCAUCGGAGCUCCAUCCUGACUUCCCACCAGAGAAUCCACACCGGCACCAAACUCUACCACUGCUCAGAAUGUAGCAAGGGCUUUUAUGACAAAUCGCGCUUCCUUCGACACCAAAGAAUCCACACGGGGGAGAAAUCGUACGUGUGCCUGGAAUGUGGAAAGAGCUUCAGCAGAAAGGCAUAUCUCAUCUCCCACCAAAGAACACACAGAGGAGAGAAACUGUAUAGCUGUUCAAAAUGUGAUAAGUGCUUUCCUGAUAAAUCAGGCUUUAACACACAUCGGAGGAUUCACUUGCAGGUUAAGCCCCAUAAAUGCUUGGCGUGUGGUCGGAGUUUCAGUUGGCGCUCACAACUUAUUUCCCAUGAAAGAAUCCACACAGGGGACAAGCCAUAUACAUGCCUGGAAUGUGGAAAGACCUUCAGCCAGAGGAAAUACCUCUCUUCCCAUCAAAGAAUCCACAGAGGCGAAAAGCCACAUAAAUGCUUGGAGUGUGGAAAGAGCUUUUACGACAAGUAUAAGCUUAAGAAACAUCAGAAAGUUCACAGACGGGAAGGAGGGACCAUUAUUUCUUGGAGUGUCGAAAUGGCUUCAGAUGGCGCGCCAGUCUUAUGCCCCAUUGGAGAAUUUGUACAGGAGAAUGACUAUAUAAAGUGUGAGAUUGAGUAAGAGCUUUGUUGCUAAAUGGCCGCUUAUUUGACUCCAGACAAUUCACACGGGAGUCGCUUGGAGGGUGGGAAAAGCUGCAGUCUGAGCACACACUUUACAUCAAAGAAUUUAAAAAGAUGAGCAAGUCUCUUAAUUGCUCAGACUGGACCAAGACCUUUUUACAUUAAAUCUCACGGUAAUGGAGUUCUCCUCUUCACUGGCAAUGGCUCACGGAGGUCAUAAGGACAGCAUUCCCCACACCUUAGCUUCCAGUAUUUCAUCUCUCUUGGUCUGCAAUGUAUGCUUGUGCCUUAUAGAGUCCUCUCAGCACUUCCCAAAGAUUAGUCAAACCACUGUUAUCAGCUUCCUUUCCAUUUGCUAGGGCAGUGGUUCCCGACCUGGGUUCCUCCAGAUGUUGCUAAAGCACAACUCCCAUCAUUCCCAGCUACACUUGAUUGUGGCUGAGGGUUGAGCAACAUCUGGAGGAACCUUGGUUGGGAACCACUGUGUUAGGGUAAUAUCCAGAGUAAGACGUGCACAAGCAAAAUGCUGCUGCCUACAGAGGAAGCAGGAGGACGCCUUUGUUUGCCCACAAGUCCAAGGGGCAUCUCUUUCAUGGGCACAGAGGGCUGCUGAGGGAAGGGGGAGAUCAGCGGAAGUCGUUCCUCCCUGGUAUGCCAGCCGAAGACCAGCUCACGCCUAACUUUUUCUGGGUCUCAGAGUACGGCCUAAGGUAGGUGGGCACACCUUCAGCCCUUCGGAUGUUGGACUGCAACUCCCACAAUCCCUGGCUAUUGUCCACUGUGGCUGAGGAUGAUGGGAGGGGUAGUUCAGAAACAGUGGGAGGGUUGGAGUUGUGCAGCUCUGGUCUAAGGGCACAUGAUACAGCCACCUAAGCAGGCCUUGGUAAGGCCAGUGCCUAGAUGGGAGACCCUUUGGGGAUGAGAAUGUAGCUCAGUGGUAGAGCAGCUGUUUGGCAUGCCGAUGGUCCCUGGUUCAAUCCCUGACCUCUAGGUAGGGCUGGGGAAGAUAGGCCUUACUCUGCCUGAAACCUUGGAGAAGCUGCUGCCAGUCAGUGUAGACGAUACCGAGCUAGAUGGAUCAAUGGUCCAAUUCGGUAUAAGGCUCCUUCCUCUGAAUCUUACCACCUUGUGCUUUAAUUUUGUGCCUGUCAGGGAUGUAGCUGCAAUUGAGUAGGGGGCGGGGGCUAAAUGUUCCUGGGCCCCUGAGGAAGGGGGUGCCUGCCAGCUGCGUGGUAGCUUUCUCUUUCCUCUCCCCAUUGUGCCCUUGAAGAAGAAGACUGGGGCGACAGGACCCAACUUCAUUUUUUGUGCCAGGGCCCACUGUAACCUUGUUACACCCCUGAUGCCUGUAUUUUUUCUUCUUCUUUGCAUCGUGAUUAUAUAAUUUUGAUGAAAAGUGGUUCUGGUCAUUGGAUUAGGGCCCUAACUAUGCCUAGCUUUUCUAACUGACAUAUAUUAAAGAUGAUUAGUGACUUAAGAA